UGAAAAUUAAACAAUGAAGGAGCAGUGCCGAUUGUGUCUGGAAGAGUGUACAACGGUCUCUACCACCUCGCUUGAACAAGUUGAAUUUCGUAGGCUCGUUUCGAAUGUGUUCACGUUUGCACUGGAAAGUAGACUGAGUCUGCCAGUUCUGGUUUGUACAUUAUGUUCGAACCGUGUAAUUGAUUUCAGCGCAUAUAGCGAUCAAGUCCGCACCAACCAGGAAUGGCUCAUGUCGCAUUCGGAAGCCCAGCAAGAUGAAGAUGACCUGUUUGAGAUUGUUAAGGUGGAACCUGCGAAUCAAGCGCCAUUGUUUGAACUAGAAUCCUUCAAUGAAGAACCCAUUAAGACGGAGGUGGCUGUGGCUUCCGGAACAGAUUCAAUGGAAACAAUUGGAAUGGACAACAGUUACGAAAAUUGUCAGAUGAAACCAAACAACCUAGACGGAGCUCGGUUUGUUAGUCGGACUCGCAAGUGUAAAAAGAAUAGCUCUGCAGCGGGUGGAACAACAGCGACCAAUGCUAGCAAAUGUCAACAAAAACGCAAACACGAAGACACACGAAUACAGGAGUACUUCCAAUUGGAGUGCGAAAUCUGUGCUGAUAAGCUGGAAUCUUUUGCAAGCCUACAGAAUCAUUUUCUAAAGAAACACAACACCCGGGGAUACGUUCGAUGUUGCGGAAAAGCGUUAACAAGGCGAGCAGAGCUUAUGGAACACAUUUUGCUGCACGAAGGCUCGUUGCGUUGCGACGUGUGUCAGAAGAACUACACUUGCAUUCGAUCAUUGAAUUUGCACAAACUGAACAGCCAUGGCAAGGCCGAAGACAAGCCGUUCAAAUGCGAUAAAUGCCACCAAUCGUUCUCCAAACAGCAUCUACUCACUGCACACCUUGUGCGGCACCUGCAGAAACAGUGUGAAAUUUGUAAAAAAAUUCUUUCCAGCCAUCAGGCCUUAAAAGUGCACGUAGCUCAAAUCCACGGAGCAGACAACAAUCAAAUUUGUGCUACGUGCGGAAAAGCAUUCCGCACCAAGCGAGCCAUGGAGCGGCACAUCGAGCAGCACCUGGGCGUGGACAGUAUCGAGAAGGUGCAGUGCAAUAUCUGUAGCAAAUGGUUUAAUGGGAAGUACAAUCUGAAAAAACACGUUCGAUUCAGCCACAUCGAAAAGGGGCAAGAAUUUCAGUGUGAGAUCUGUUUGCACAAAUACCCCAACACACGGGCCCUUAUGUACCACAAGCAGCGUGUGCACGUGGAGGAAAAGUUCGCGUGUGAAUUUUGUGGCAAGCGGUUCAAGCGUAAAAUCUACCUUAAGGAACACAUCGCCAGGCAUACGGGCCAGCCGUUGUACUCGUGCAAUUUAUGCAACGCAUCGUUCAAUUCGAACGGCAAUCUGUACGCACAUCGCCGUAAUAAGCAUGCGGCCGAAUGUAAGGCUAGUAGAAAUCAAGCAAAAAUACUCUCACAACUAUCGGAAGAAAUGCAUAACUGA